UGGGGAUGAGACUCUUAGGAAUAUAGCUUCAAUACAUAAACAACAAUAUACUCAAUAGCUAGCAACACUUAUUUUUUAAGUGUCACUAUAUUUCAUAAGAGCACUUGAGAAUAAUUCCACAAAUAGGCAAACGCACAAGCAAAGAGUUUGUGCGUUGUGUCUCAUUAAUUCAUCUUUCUUCGAAAUUCUUUGUUUUCAUUGUAUUCGAAUAUAAUACAUUAACAUAUCGUUCUUUUUGUUGAAAUUAUAGCAAUAUCAUGUAAUACGUCGACAGUAUGUUAAAAGAAAAUUCACAAAUCAAUCAUUCAACGGAUAAAACCUCUUAAGUGGAACGAGUGGAUACGUCCACUAUCACGUGAAUGGUAUCACUUUAACACAUGACAUGUAUACUAUUGGUACGAAUGUCUGUAACACACGAGUUUAUAAAAUAUUAUAUUACUUUUGUUUACUGGUGUUUUGUGUUCGGAGAGCAUAUUGGAAAGUAAACCUCACAUCAUGAUGUAUGAGGACAUACUCAAUCAUAUGAUGUCAGGCAAACAAUGCAAUACGUGAACAUGAUUUAUAAAACGUAUGAAAUCUUAUGCACCAAAUCACAUAUUGUGAUUAGAAUUAAAAGCAAAGAGGCAAGUGGCCAGAAGAAGUUGGGUCACACAAAUGUCUCCUAUGCGACUUGAAGAGCCAAUCUUUUCUAAAUCAUAUAUAUUGUAAUAUUCUUUGUCAGCUGAUUCCUUCGCAAAAUGAAGUUCGUUUUUUUUUCAGUAUAUAAUAUUAUGAAAUACGAACAAGACGAAUAUGUGAUUUUUUUUAAAAAAGUUGUGGCAUUUUUUUAAUAAUAAUACAUCAAUGUUUUUGUUCGAGCUACAAGCCAUUAAUUUCCUUCUGUGAGCAUAAACAAAAUAUCAUGCCUUAAAAAAAUUAAAAGAAAUACUAAAGGAACUACAUUACACAAGCAUUGCUUGGCAGAGCUAAAACCUUCAAAUAUUACAUGAUUGAUCGAAAUAAAUGAUUAUGAACAUAUAAUCACUUAUCUUUUGGUCUAAAUAUUAGUGGUACUUUUGUUUGGAUGGUGUUUUAUAAAUUCCAAAAACAACAAAAGACUAUGAAGUAAAUAGAAUAAAAAUGUAAAAAAAAUCCAAUAUUGUAGUAAGUAUAUUCGGUUGUUUGCUAAUUGCGUAAAGACAAAAGUCACCGAAGAACCAACCAAACAAAAAGAGACGAACAUUUUAAAAAUUCUGUCUAAAUGUCUCUCUCUUUUUAAGUUGUCGUCUUCUCGCAUAUGAUUCUUCUUCUUCUUCCUCGAGAUGACAAGACUAGAGAAAGAGAUUCUAUCAGACCGAUCAUAACUGCUGUUUUUCUGGGCUUUUCCGUCAGGUUUCGUCGCUGAAAGUGAAAAAACUCCAUUGCUUUUGGUUUCAUUUCAUGGUUUCCGCGGGAAAAGUUCGCCUUCCCUUUUGACGCAAAAGACGAGAAGAAGUUGAGGAAACAUGAACACAACAACUUCCACACAUUUUGUUCCACCGACAAGGUUUGAAAUCUACGACCCACUCAACCAAAUAGGUACUAUGUGGGAAGAAAGCUUCAAGAACAAUGGAGGAGGCUUCUAUACUCCCAACUCUAUCAUCAUCCCCACGAACCAAAAACCAUACAGCUUGAGUGAAGAUGGAACAGAAGGAACUCCUCACAAGUUUGACCAAGAGGCUUCCACAUCUAGACAUCCUGAUAAGACACAGAGACGGCUUGCACAGAAUCGUGAGGCAGCUAAGAAAAGUCGUCUUCGCAAGAAAGCUUAUGUUCAGCAGCUAGAGACAAGCCGGUUGAAGCUAAUUCACUUAGAGCAAGAACUUGAUCGUGCUAGACAGCAGGGUUUCUAUGCGAGUAACCGUGUAGAUACUAAUGCCCUUAGUUUCUCAGAUAACAUGUGCUCAGGUAUAGUUGCAUUUGAGAUGGAGUAUGGACACUGGGUGGAAGAACAGAACAGGCAGAUAAGCGAGCUAAGAACUGUUUUAAACGGACAAGUCAGCGAUAUUGAGCUUCGUUUGCUAGUUGACAAUGCCAUGAAACAUUACUUUCAACUCUUCCGAAUGAAGUCAGCCGCUGCAAAACUAGAUGUCUUCUACAUCAUGUCGGGAAUGUGGAAAACUUCAGCAGAGCGGUUUUUCUUGUGGAUAGGUGGGUUUAGACCCUCAGAGCUUCUCAAGGUUUUGUUACCGCAUUUUGAUCCUAUGAUGGAUCAACAAGUUUUGGAUGUAUGUAACUUGAGGCAAUCAUGUCAACAAGCGGAAGAUGCUGUAUCUCAAGGUAUGGAGAAACUGCAACAUACGUUAGCAGAGAGUGUAGCAGCUGGGGAACUCGGUGAAGGAAGUUAUGUUCCUCAAAUAACUUCUGCUAUGGAGAGAUUGGAGGCUUUGGUCAGCUUUGUUAAUCAGGCUGAUCAUUUGAGACAUGAGACAUUGCAACAGAUGCAUCGGAUCUUAACCACAAGACAAGCGGCUAGAGGAUUGUUAGCAUUAGGUGAAUAUUUUCAACGGCUUAGAGCUUUAAGCUCGAGUUGGGAAACUCGGCAACGUGAACCAACUUAAGCAAAGAGAUUAAAUUUCAAGAACAAGAACAUAAGCUUGUGUCUGAUGAUAGUAUAAUAAUUAUUCUUCUCUUGCGGCUUUGAGGAAAGUUAUAAAUAUGAUCAGCAACGUAAAGCUUGUGGCUUUAGAAACCCAAGCUGUAAACAUGUAUGAUUUGCUUGUUGUAUAUUAUAUGUUAUAGUGUGAUGUUUAUAAUAAUUACGGAAUCAUAUAAUCACACAAAUAGGAGGAAAGAAAAAUUGAUCAGAAGAUAUAUGUUGAAUGGCCGCAUAGGAUCUUUAAUUUAUAUUACUUUAGUGGACAAUAUAAGAGAAAGUAGAAAGUUGCUAAAAAAAGAAGUAAAAGAAAAGGAAGUAGAUCAGAAGAUAAAAGACAAAUUUUCUCUACGAAACUCAAUUAUCUGGACAACUCUUUGGAUGCUUUUCUUUGAGUUUGAACAAAAGCUUGAAGCCUCACAACACGAGGCAAGUCAUUGAACACUUGCCAUACUUGAAAUUGAAUGUGUUCUUAUUGUUGUUCCACUUUACACAUACUCAUAAGAUGAUCCAUACCUAAUGUGUGUUUUUCAAAGUAUAUACAGUUUUAUCAAGUUUUAUGUGCUAGUACAAUCAUAGUACAUCAUUAUGUAUGUUAUAUGUUUCCCUACAUAUAUGAAACUUAGUUGGUAUCUAAAUAUUGUAUGGUCAUGAGAUAAGGGUUUUUAGGACAAGAUUUCAAGAAAUGGUCACAUGAAUGAGUAGUUGAAUUAACUGAAAAAUGUGAGCAUUAAAAAGACAAGGCAAACGACUUACAAUCUCUUAUAAUCUCCAUCAUCUUAUAACGAAAAUAAAUCAAAUAAAUACAACAUAAAUUAAUCUUAUAUUCUAUUGUUUCAUUCUCACUUUAAUUACUUUUGAGAUAUUAUUCUUUUCUCAGAUUUUUCUAAUGUUUCUUUUUAUAAUUAGUAAAAUAUCAUUUUGAGUAUCUUUCAGUGAAAUUGCUCUAAGAAGCUAAUCAAGAUACAAUAAGUUCAAAUAUCAACUAAACUAAUUACAUAUUUCAUCCACUAAAAUGAUCCAAAUGAUCCAUUGUAUCAAGAGUUGUUAGGAUCAAAAGUUUCCCCUCGUGAUGUGCUACUAUAGUUUUAACAAUCUUGGCACUUUUUGGAGAUCUUCAACGAACUCCAACUCGUUCACGCCUCUCUCAGUUUCAUCCAACUCGUUCACGCCUCCCUUAGUUUCAUGUUCUUCCUCUUAUUGAGGUGGUUGAUAAUUACAUGUUUGAUGGGUACAUGAUAAUGAUGAAUGAUCAUAAGAUUGCAAAACUAUUCACUCAAUGCAUACCACUUGCGUGAUUCUUUGCGUUCUGAAGAUAUUUCUCAGGUCAAAUCCCAGGUUUUUUCACAGAAUGAUCGAAGGUGAAAAAGAAUCAACAAGAUCAGCUUCCGACGACCAAUACCGCUACUUUCAAUCCUCACCAAGCAGGUUCAGUGGUCUAAGGGACUUGGAUGAGGGGGUGAUGGGGUGGGAUGGGGAGGAGAAUAAAAAUUGACGAUUGAACGAUUUUAAACUUAUAUCUUUAAAAAUGUUUUACAGAAAAAUAUAAUUUUUUUAUUUUUGUGCAAUAAUUCAAAACAUCAUAUAUUAUGAAACAUGGAGAAUAUAAUUCUUAGAAUUGUUUCGAAAUUUGUAAAUACCAUUUUAUGAACAGUGGCUUUUGUUAAUAAAAACUUUCACUUUAUGAUAACCAGAAUAAACCGGAGUAUUUCUAAGUUUGUUUUACCAUAAACUUUGUUUAUUUAAAUAUAUUUGUGUCUUUAACCACUUCAAGCGUAAUAAUCAUUAUAUUUUGGAAUUUCAAAUCCAUGGUUAGAUAGAGAUAGAGACCUUAUUAAUCGCCAAGCAGCAAAAUUGGUAACAAAGAGUUCUGCCUAGAAAUCUCAAAGUGUGGUAGCCUCCAUGAAUUCAGUUGAUGAGUAGAAAGAGUCCAUGGUAAAGUAUAAAACAAAACCAUAAAAAAAUGUGGUGUUGGUGUGUUUUGUGCAUAGGUUAAAAGCGUUAGUAGCAAUACCAAAGGUGUAGCCAGUAUACAUAGUACAUCCCUUCUUAAUGUUUAUAUGGAUCCUAACAAAUCGAAACAUGAGAAGGAGUUGCUUCUAAAGGACUUGAAGUUAGAAGGGUUAACAGGGUAGACAGAAACUUGGGAAAAAGUUGAUUCUAAGCCGAUACACACUUCUCAUGUCUACGGUUGGAGCACUUAAGACUGAUAAAGUGGAGAACGGUCCUUCGCAGAUUUAUUCUCCACAUAACUUGGACUAGAGCUUUGUCAGCCAAAACAGUAGACAUCACUUCGUAGUUCGUAGUUAAGGAGAUUAGAUUGUUGGUGAGUGGAUUUUAAACAAGAACAUAAGCCUGGUGUUUUAUAUGGUAAUAAGAUGAUGAUGAUUCUUUUCUUGUGGCUUUGAGGAAUGUUGUAAAUGUGAUCAGCAACGUGAAGGUUGUUGCUUUGGAAACCAAGUUCUCUACAGUUGGUUUUUUAUGUAAUAUUAUAUAUAAUCGCUUGUGAUGAUGUUUAUAAUAAUUACCGUAUCAUAUAAUCACACAAUAGGAGGAAAGAAAAAAUGAUUUAAAUUUAAGAAAAUCAAUAAACCAAACCCAAACCCAAACUUUGUUCUGUCAGAAUCAAUGGGAUCAGUUUUUCUUCUACCUUUACAAAGGGAGGGAAAAAUAAUCGACAAAAUAUAAAAAUGUAAGAACACCUGAGGAUCUGAAUCAUCUGAUCAAACUACUAAAGAAACAUAAAACCAGAAAAAAUGGGAUGAUGGAUGAAGACAUAUCCAUGGAGAUAUACAAAAGAACAAAAAAAAAACAAA